AUGGCGGCCAUAGAAUUUGGCAAUCAGUGGUCGCGCGACAACGGCUUUGACCUUGUCCGCAUCAACAAGGGCAAGCAAGGCCGCAANCCCCAAGGCGUCACUUACAAGUUCUUGUGGGAGUGCAAGCGUCAUGGAAAACCUGCAAACACUCGCAAGUUGACCCCUGACCGUCGACAGCGCGCUGCCAGAGGUUCGGUGAGAAUUGGCUGUCGCAUGCGCAUCGUCCUCGUCGCUGUCGAGCCUCAAGUCCCUCAGGGCGAGUGGCAGAUCAGACAUUGCGGUCGCAACGGCCACAACCACGGCCCAGACAAUGCAGAGUCCUUCCCUGCUGUCCGUCGUCGCACUCGCACCCACGAAAUGGACGUCUUUAUGGCUACUCAACUGCGUCAAGGUCUGUCCAGAUCAGAAACUCUGCAGCUCGUCCGCCAACACUGGCCUGACGCUCUUGUCACGCGUCAAGACAUUGGCAACUUUGCAAAGACUUUUGCUCAGAAGAUCGGAGCUUCGAGACUGACCCCUGAAGCGACCCCUGACAAUNNUCCCCCCAUGCCGCCUGUGCCUUCUGCUUCUGCGAAUGUUGGUUCAAAUGUAGCUUUAAAUGCUCAGCAUGCUCAGUUGCAACAUCCUCAAGCUCAGCAAUCUCUGUCUCAUCCUCACCCACACCCCAUGCAAUCACUCGGCAUGCCUGUCCAGCAGCCAAAUCAUGACGCAACUCGAGCUGCCUACCAAGCUGGCUAUCAAGCUGCUGUCGAGCAACAUCGAAUCAACAGCGACCUCAAUCAUCGUGUUCAAGCUCUCGAGAGCUCCGUCCAAGUACAAGACCGUAUCGCGUCACUCGAUCAGACCGUCAACAACCUGACUCAACUCAUCAUGAGCGCUUACAUGCCUCACAUCCAGCAUCCACAAUCAUGA